UCAAGUAGUACUUCUUCUGAACCCUGCAGAGAUGAAAGAGCUCGAAAGUAUAUGUAUGCCUCAACAAUUCAGAGAGGAUAUGAAGAAGUUCCCUGGGAUUAUAUGCUAUCUCCCAAAGUCAAGCCUUCAAAUUCAACAUUAGAACCAAUGGCUGAUACUUCUGCAAGCAAGCGAUAUGAACCAGCAGCAGAAAUAAGCCAAGUUGUCGGAGGCCUCUGGGACAGAUUUCAAAGGAGAAACUUUACAGCACCAGACAGACCGAUAAAUUUUGUUAGCCCAAGUUCUCGAACUCAGCAUAUCCCUUCAUACACAGGCUGUGUUGGUUCAGAGAAUUUUGAGGAUCUAGACAACCCCUAUGUUGACUUAAUUACCUAUAACAAAGUUCAUACUGCAAAGCCACGUAAUGUGAAAUCUUCACACUCUCCAAACACCUUUGGAUACACUGGCAAGGUUCAUUGGUCAGCCACCCAACCAGUAAAUUCUAAUCUUCCACCAACAUCGCCAUCAAUAAUUUCACGAAUGUAUGGGUACUUAGCUAAACAUGGACAGCCAAAAGAAUUCCCACAUUGGGGGCCCUUGUCACAGAUCGUUACAACCACUGAUCCACAGAAUUCUUUCAAUAAGAAGGAAAAAGAACGACUUACAAUUUGA